CUGCCCUCCACAGUGGGAGGAUCUCCGUGCGUUGAGUCACGCAGCUGUCAAAGAUAGCUGUCACCCAGUUUCAGGAUCAAACACACAGUCAAUGAGAAAAGGGGCUUUGAGCCGAAGGGACGCAAGAGAUCUCAGGUAACCCCCCCCUCCUCCUCCCUUUCCCCCCGGUUAAGUCUCCAAACAAGGACGACCCGAAGAGAGGAACAAAAUACCCGUAAAAAAAGGGGGGAAAAGACGCGAGUUUUGAUGAAUAAGGAUUUUCGCAUAUUCGGAUACACGCUGGGGAUAUCUGGAGAAAAGAAGAGGAAAACACCGCACUGACACAAAGGCAAUUUUUCUUCUGCGCUUGACGGCCAAAUCAAAGAAAGUGGGCAUUUUCGGGACGGACAUGAAGACGAAAAAGGGUUUAAUGAUGCUGUCGGGGAGCGAGACGGACGAUGAGGACAGCGUGGACGCCCCCCUGGAUCUGUCGUCCAGUGCGGGGAGCAACGGGAAGAGGAAACGGCGGGGGAAUCUACCAAAGGAGUCGGUUCAGAUCCUCCGGGACUGGUUGUACGAGCACCGUUACAACGCUUACCCCUCUGAACAGGAGAAAGCCCUCCUGUCCAAGCAGACUCAGCUCUCCACACUACAGGUGUGCAACUGGUUCAUUAACGCACGGCGGCGGCUUCUUCCAGAGAUGCUGAGGAAAGAUGGCAAAGAUCCCAACCAGUUCACCAUAUCCAGGAAAGGUAGCAAGGCCGGCGACAGCUUCUCUGACAGCUCCCAGUCCCCGAAACACAGCAGUCCCGCAGCAGGUACAGAGGAGAGCUAUGACAAACGCGUUCUCCACCCCUCCAGCUUUGAACCCACCAUGCCCGGGGUCCUGAGGAAGGCUGUGUCUCCAUCCUUACCCUCACCAACUUCCAUGUCCCCCUCUCCAGGGCUCAUGCCCACCCGCCCGUCUGUCAUCUGUCACACCACUGUCACCACAGCCCCCCAGACCUCACACAAGACUUCAGCGGCUUCCAGCUCCUGGUGGACGUGGCCCUCAAACGGGCUGCAGAGAUGGAGCUGCAAGCCAAACAGCUGGUCUCCUAAAGGGAGAAAGUGACAGAAGAAGAAGAGGAGGGAAUAGAGACUGACUUUGUGUCUCAACUAUGGAUCUCCCCUGAGUUCAGUGACUUGUCUGCACGCAACAGAGAACAAAUCCACAUGAAAGCCUGAUCAUUUCUAUUUUUGGUAUACCAAUCAAAUUAAUGAGGAUGUUUUUUUAUGAAAAAAAAAAACUAUCGAGGUGCCUUGGCUGUAAGUUGUUUAUUCAUUUCACGUACAUGCGUAUGUAUCUACACGUGUAUCUUAUUUGCACACGGGGACCAAAAAUGUUAUCAGAGAAAUGCUGCCUGUCUUAUGUCUUUCCAUUAUACUGUUUAUCAUUGUAGAGAACGGAGCAAGAGCUAGAGUCAGCCCCUCCUCCACUGACCAAUCGAACGGAUUGGUUGCAUCCACGCGUUUACUGUUUUACAUUUCAGAGAUCAGUUCAUGAUUAGUCUGCCUCGUUUGUUUGCACACUAAAGGCAGAGGAAGGUCAUCUCAGUGUCUUAAACAUACUUUGCUCUUGGCAUCUAUGACAAACUUAUUCACUACUGUAGUAAUGUUAUGUGUUUUCAUGAGUACAAGUAUAGUUUUGAUUUUGUAAUUUACUUUUAGCUAUUUUUAAGAAAAAACCUCUAUGCUUUUUUUUUUUACUCUUUUUUUUUUUUUUUUCCUCCCACCAAGGGAUAUUUCAGAUGACCAAUGUAGCAGGUUCUUAGUCGGAGCCUUCAUCCCAUCACUCAGCGAAAACGACGGCCAGUGGACUGGAAAAUUAAACACUACAGAUGUCUUUUCUGCAUUUGCUGUUUUACAAACCUGACAAAGACAGCAUUUAUGAAAUCACCAAAAAAGCAUUUUCAUGUAUAAUAGGACCAUGUGUAUAGUUAAUGUGACAUGAUGCCCAAUGAUGUGAUUUCUUUUCAUACUGUGCAAUGUUUGUGGCAAAUAGGGAUCACAUGGGAUUCAAAUAAAGUUUUGUUUUUCUACAUCUCAGAA